AUGGCGCGGGAGUUUGAAGAGCGAGCGGAGGAAAUGGGACGGAGGUCCGUGGUUAAAGAAGCGUCUGGGUUCGCGGAGGAGCUUGGUGUCGAGCUUCAUCUCGAACAUCCCCGUGAAGUCAAGACGGAACUGCGGAAGUGUCGAGUAGAGAAGCUAGAGUCAGCGAUGGUAGGGAAGUCUCGUUACAACUAGGUUACAGGACGAGAAGUUGAGCGCUAGUGGAUGCUUUUGGUGGCUGACAGAGUGGAAGUCCUGUCCAACACACAAAAUCGCCGGCAAGUUUGAGCUGUACGAACAACUGUUACCAACUCGAUUAUAUGCAAGUCAGAAGAUCCAUACAAGACGUGGUGCAGGCUGCGUGGUAAGGCCCCAGAAAGAGUGGCUCACAUUCUGUCUGGGUGUGGUGCGCUUGCACAGAACAAGUACAUGUACCUUUCCCGACACGACUCUGCUUCAAAGGUACUUUUCUAUGAGAUGCUGCAUGAUCUGGGACUCAUAGAUGAAAUUCUUCCCUGGUAAUCUCCGACCAAGCCAAGGUUUACAUACGAGUCGGAUGACGUACAAGCCUAUUGGGACGUGCCAGUUUUGAAGAUGUGAGACGCAACAGAGUUGACGCUCGAAUCGUCAACCACAAGACCAAGCGGGUCACUACACUCAAAAUGAGCUGUCCGUGGGUCAGUAACAGAGAGAAGAAGAGCAAAGAGAAGACUGUAAAGUAUGUCCCCCUACGUUGGGAAUUAAAGCAGCAGUUCCCUGGUUACGAAGUGAAACAACCCAACAUCGUCAUCAUCGGGAGAUGGACAAGUCUACAAUGUACGAGGUUGUGGGGAGCAGAAGUAAAGAGGUGCUAAAAACAACGCAGAAGGCAGUGCUGUCAGGCUCAAUAUUACCCAGACAUUUAAAGUUGACUUGA